UCCUGGCUUGUUGUCCUGAUCUGUCGCAGUUUACAUUAGCUUGUAACGUUAUUGUAAAGCAUGUCGUCGUUUGUGACUGAAGUGCUCGCCAGCUCAGGCAAACUGGAGAAAGAGGACCUGUCCAGUAAAAUAAGCAAGAUGUCGCGCAAGGUGGAAGAUACAAAGGAAGAAGUAUGUGACAUGAUAAAUAAGAGGUACACUGACUUCCUGCCUAGUCUUCAAGGAUCUGAGGAGCUCAUGGUGCAGGUUGAUGAGGUCUCCAAAGAAAUGGAUGUCCUUAAAAACUGUAUAGAGACUGAGGUGCAGCAGAACAUCCACUCAGCUGUGACUGAGUAUGCAAAGCUGAAGCAGCAGUUGGAGAAAAAUACUAUUGUUAUAAAAAUGCUUGGACACCUAAAAGAGUUUCACAAUGCAAUGGAGGAGUUCAAGAAAGCUUUACUGGACAAAAAGUAUGUUGAUGCAGCCAACCAGCUGGAACGGGCGAGGGCCAGUGUGGAUUCACUGAAGGGCUGGAAGACUUCCCAGCUGCCGCUGCUCAGCGCUCUCAGCUCUGAGUUAACGGUGCAGAGAGAAAACUUAAUUUACCACCUGGGAGACGAAUGGAAAGGCCUCGUCAUCUGGAGACUACCACCUUCAAAGGAGCCUGCAGGUCCAAAGUCCUUCCUGAAGGUGGAGCUGAACCUGAGUCAUGCCUGCAGUAAAGACGGUGAACCAGAACCAUCUGCUCUGCUCUGCUGCGUCCUGCAAGCUCUGGCCAUCCAGGGAGACCUUCAGCACAAGAUCAAACUCUUCAGUCAGGUGCUGUUGAAGAACAUGUUGAAGCCGUUGGUGAUCUACCCGUCACUGUCAGUGAGGGUGACAGAGCAGCAGGACGAGGGAACCGUCCUGGCCUUACAGUGUUUGGAGGAGAGCCAGGACGAGAGGUCCACUCCUUCACAGGUCUACAGCAAACUGCUCCUGGUGCUGAAGACGCUGCACGCACACCUGCUGGACGUAUCCAUUGGUGAUAAAAAGCUCUCGGCCAUCUUGGGUGAAAUGAUUUGGGAGGAGAUUUCCCAGUGCAUCAUCCAUGACUGUCUGCUGUACUCCAUUCCCACCAACAGCAGCCAGCUGGAGAAAUACAACACAGUGAUCAAGGAAACCGAGGAGUUUGAGAAGUCUCUGAAAGAGAUGGAGUUUCUGCAGGGUGAUUCCACAGACCUGCUCAAAUAUGCCAGAAAUGUCAACUGUCACUUUGCCAGCAAGAAGUGCAAAGAUGUCAUCGUGGCAGCCCGCAAACUGAUGACCUCCAAGAUGCACAACACUGUCAAGAUCACACCAGACUACAAGCUGCGUCUCCCCAAGCUGCCCCCUCCAGGUGGGGAGGUGAAGGUGAAGCCAGACAGCACAAAGGAGGAGAUGGUGAUGGAGAACACGAAGCGGCUGUCUGCGUGGAGUCUGUGCCUGCCAGCCUGUCGCAUCAGUGAGUCCGUGCAGCAGCUGAUGGAGCUGGCUCUGAACACCCUGUGUGAAGCUGUUGGAAGCUCCACACAAUGUGCAUUACAACUCUUCUUCACUGUGAGAAACAUCUUCCAGCUGUUCUAUGACGUCGUACCGACGUACCACAAGGAGAACCUGCUCAAGUUCCCUCACCUGGCUGCCAUCCAGCACAACAACUGCAUGUACCUGGCCCACCACCUGCUCACCCUGGGCCACCAUUUCAGAGCCCACCUGCCGCAGCCCCUCAGCGAAGGCGUUGCAACCUUUGUUGACAUGGUGCCUGGAUUCAGGAAACUGGGUGCGCAGUGCUUCUUAGCACAGAUGAACGUUCAGAGAGCUGAACUGUUGGAGAGACUUUCCACCGCUCACAACUUCUGCAACCUGGAUGACGAAGACAACUACACUGCAGCCAGUAAAGCAGUGAGACAGGUCAUCCAUCAGCUGAAGCAGUUGGGAACAGUGUGGCAGGAUGUGCUACCAGUCAGCAUCUACUGUAAAGCCAUGGGCAACCUGCUCAACACAGCCAUCACAGAGCUCAUCGCCAAAAUCAUGAUGCUGGAGGAUAUUUCUUCAGAGGAUGGGGAGCACCUCCACACUCUGUGCCAGACCAUAAUCGAGGAGGGCCCGCUGGUCUUCAUUCCUCUGGCUGAGGAGAAGAAGAACAGGAAAUAUCAGGAGGAGGUGCCUCUCUAUGUGAAGAAGUGGAGUACCUUCAAGGAGCUGGUCAUCGUGCUGAGAGCCAACCUGCAGGAGAUCGUCGACAGGUGGGCUGACGGUAAAGGUCCGCUGGCGCUGGAGUUCUCCAGUUCGGAGGUGAAGAAUCUGAUCCGGGCCUUGUUCCAGAAUACAGAGAGGAGAGCUGUAGCUCUGACCAAAAUCAAAUAGAUGCUCGGAGCAAACCGGCAUCAAAGAUGAGACUGUAGCACUUUCCCCUCCGAGGAGAAAUUAUACUUCAUUUCCAUUUUCUUCAGUAUAUUCACGUCCAUGUAUGUCGGUUGAACAGUUCGUCACAGAGGAAUAGCUGCACUGUCUGAGUCACGGGGGUCUAAGCUGGUUGUGAUCAGUCUGCAGAUCUUCCUUCUCAGACUGCGAUUAGUCCUGCAGAGAUUACACGACGGCUUCUUCACAUCAGUCGUAUAGAUUUGAGGGUUUAACACUACAAAGCCAGCUGAGAUCGUGUAACCAGCGGCCUGCCAUCUGCUGACAUGUGAUGUCUCAUGCUGAGUUAACUUCACUGCACAUUGUUCAUCAGACUUCAUCUGCAGCUUCUCUCAGAGGUCCCAGCUGUUCUGUUCUGUACUGAUGACUUUUUGCUGAUGUGUGUUUGAACCUGAUGCCUCUGAAUGACUCUCAGCUCUAACAAAGAUGGUCUGGACCUGCAGCUCUUGUUGAGAAUCUUCUUGUACAAGCUCUUCAACUGAACUCUUCUAUAAUGUAUUUAUUACUGACCCAAAUAAACCAAAAGAUUCAGCUUU